AUGUCCAGAAGAUUGCAAUCAGUAAACUACGCUGAACUUGAUGACGAGAACUUUUCUGAUGAAGGUUAUAUUGACGUAGAUGAUGAUGACUAUGGCACACCCAAAAAGAGGAAAGCAAGUAAAGCAGCAGCAGCAGAUGCUGAUACGCAACAAAUAAAAAGACAGAAAGCUCGUAUGGCUGUAAAUUCAGUAAAGAGUCUGUUGCAGGAACCGAACUUUUCAGAAGAUGAUUUAUUGGACGUUACUCCUGAUUUACCACCUGGAUAUGUACCUGAUGCCGUCUCAAAGUCCUUUGGUUCAUCCGAUUUUUCAUAUCUCAAGUUAAAACCAGAUCAUUUCACAAGACCGUUAUGGAUUUCUCCAAAUGAUAUGAGGAUAAUUCUAGAGUCAUUUUCGCCAUUGGCUGAACAAGCGCAAGAUUUUUUAAUCACCAUUGCUGAACCUAUAUCAAGACCCUCACACAUACAUGAAUACAAAAUAACUCCGUUUUCGCUAUACGCAGCAGUCUCUGUGGGGCUAGAAACAAAUGAUAUAAUUUCUGUGCUAAAUCGUUUAUCAAAAGUGCCGGUGACGGACACUAUCGUGGAAUUCAUCAAAGCUGCAACUGUCUCAUAUGGUAAGAUCAAAUUAGUUUUGAAAAAUAACAGAUACUUUGUCGAGAGCACACAAGCAGAUAUAUUGCAAAUGUUGCUUAAAGAUGAGGUUAUUGGCCCUUUGAGAAUACAGUCGACUGAAAAUACUAUCACCAGCAAUGGGUUGGUUCAAUCAGCACCUCCACAGAACAAUAUUGACAUCCCUGGAACAAAGAAAAAAGAGGAAUCAGGCGAUGCAACGAAGCCAACCAAUGAAGCUGAAGAUAUCUUUGCUUCAGUGGUGGGAAGUAGAGAUGAUGAAGACGAUUUGGACACUGUCCAUUCAUUCGAAAUAUCACAUGACUCUGUCGAAAUUGUGAAGAGGCGAUGCCAGGAGAUUGACUACCCAGUUUUAGAAGAGUACGAUUUUCGAAAUGAUGCGAGAAAUCCAGAUCUCGAGAUUGAUUUGAAACCAUCUACACAAAUCCGACCAUAUCAAGAAAAAUCAUUGUCAAAGAUGUUUGGAAACGGAAGAGCAAGGUCCGGUAUCAUUGUACUUCCAUGUGGUGCAGGUAAAACAUUAGUGGGUAUAACUGCUGCUUGCACCAUACGAAAAUCUGUUAUUGUGUUGUGUACCUCCUCGGUAUCAGUUAUGCAAUGGAGACAACAAUUUUUGCAAUGGUGUACAAUCCAACCAGAAAAUGUUGCUGUUUUCACCUCAGAGAAUAAAGAGAUGUUUGCAAGUGAAUCUGGUCUUGUCGUGUCUACAUAUUCCAUGGUUGCGAAUACUCGUAACAGAUCGCAUGAUUCUCAGAAGGUUAUGGAUUUUCUCAGAUCGAGGGAGUGGGGGUUCAUCAUCUUGGAUGAGGUGCAUGUCGUGCCUGCCAAUAUGUUUAGACGAGUCGUUACUACGAUAGCCGCGCAUGCCAAGCUUGGCCUUACUGCCACUUUAGUGCGUGAAGAUGACAAAAUUGACGAUUUGAAUUUCUUGAUUGGACCAAAGUUGUACGAAGCAAAUUGGAUGGAUUUGGCACAAAAAGGACACAUUGCCAAUGUCCAGUGUGCAGAGGUUUGGUGUCCCAUGACGGCAGAGUUCUAUCAAGAAUAUUUACGAGAGAGCGCACGAAAGAGAAUGCUUUUGUAUAUUAUGAAUCCUACUAAAUUUCAAGCAUGUCAAUUUUUGAUACAUUAUCAUGAAAAGAGGGGUGACAAAAUCAUUGUAUUCAGUGACAAUGUAUAUGCGCUUCAGGAGUAUGCAUUAAAACUUGGCAAGCCAUUUAUUUAUGGAUCCACACCACAACAGGAGAGGAUGAAAAUUUUGCAAAAUUUCCAACACAAUGAUCAAAUCAACACAAUUUUUUUAUCUAAAGUUGGUGAUACUUCUAUUGACUUGCCUGAGGCUACAUGUUUGAUUCAAAUAUCAUCUCAUUAUGGUUCCAGAAGGCAAGAAGCACAAAGAUUGGGAAGAAUUUUACGAGCCAAGAGGCGUAACGAUGAAGGGUUUAAUGCAUUUUUUUACUCAUUGGUUUCCAAGGAUACACAGGAAAUGUAUUACUCUACGAAGAGACAAGCAUUUCUUGUCGAUCAAGGUUAUGCAUUCAAGGUUAUUACUCAUUUGAGUGGGAUGGAACAAUUGCCAGAUUUAGCAUACGCCUCAGCAAGAGAACGUCGAGAAUUAUUACAGCAAGUAUUGUUGAAGAAUGAAGAUGCUGCUGGAUUGGAAAUUGGUGAUGAUGCAGAUACCAAUUUCAUUCCAAGAGAGCAGAGACAGAGGAUGGAGAAUGGUAAACAAAGCGGUGCUACUCGAUCUGCAGGUUCGUUGGCUGGAUUGGCUGGGGGUGAAGAUAUGGCUUACAUUGAGUACAGUAGGAACAAGAAUAAGGAGUUGGAUUCUCAUCAUCCAUUGAUUCAAAAGAUGUACUACAAAAAGAAGCAACAGCAGCAGCAGCAGCAGCAGCAGCAGCAGCGCACAUAA